GGGGGCGGAAGGCGGCGGCUGCGCCCGCCCCGGGGCCGGCGCGGGGGUGGGGGAGCCGAGCCGCCAUGGCGGCGGCGCUGCAGCAGGCCUGGGGCCUGUGUUGGGGCCCGGCGCUGCGGAGCCGCGCCGCCCUGAGGCCGCUGGGGCUGCUGGCGCCGCCGUGCCGGGAGCUGACGGGGCCGGGGCCCGGGCCCGGGCCGGGGGAGGCGGCGCUGGAGGACAACCCUUUCUACGGGAAGUACCGCCACAAGAUCCAGGAGCUGCGCAGAUCCAGUCCAGAUGUGUUUGAAUCCCGUAUGGAGAAAAGAAAUGAAGUGAAAAAGCAGCCAGUGGGAUAUUCCAAGCAAACAGAAUUUAUCAAAUGCAUGGAUGAAAAGGCAGAAGCCUUGGGCACAAAGUCAUCAAAGGCUCGAUUCAUAAAAGAUAAGACGCUUGAUUCAAUUCUUCAUGUUGAGAUGGUGAAAGAAAAAUCAGCAGAGGAAAUAAAACAGAUUUGGAAUCAGUAUUUUUCUGCGAAAGACACAGUUUAUGCUGUUAUUCCUUCAGAGACAUUUGAUUUAUUAUGGAAGCGAGCCCAGAAAUGUCCAUCAUUUCUGUAUGCUUUGCCAAGAAAGGAAGGCUAUGAAUUCUUCGUGGGGCAGUGGUCAGGAACAGAAUUGCACUUCACUUCACUUAUAAACAUUCAGACCCAAGGUGAAACUGCUCCUAGCCACUUGGUCUUGUACCAUUAUCCUGAGCUGCAAAAGGAAAAAGGAAUAGUACUAAUGACAGCAGAAAUGGACUCCAAGUUCUUGGUCGUCCAUGAAGCACAGUGCUUGGCGAAUCAGGUGCAGCUUUUCUAUGCAACGGAUCGUUCUGAGACCUAUGAAUUAGUGGAGAUCUUCAACCACAGACCUAAUGAAUUUAAAUACAUGUCAGUUAUAGCAGAGCUUGAGCAGAGCGGACUUGGAAGAGGACUGAGUCCUAGUCAGGAUUCUGACAAGUCAUAGAACCUGAUCUGUGAGUGAAGCGAGCCAGAAGCAGUUGGAGGGCUUCCUAGCUGGGGCAGUUCCCAUCUCUUUUUUUCUAUGAAGUUGGUCUGACUGCAGAAAGGAUGACGAGACGUCCCAGGAGUGUGGCAGUCAAGCCUGUCUGGCACUGAUGCAAGAUGAUGACUUGGGUCAUUUAAGCAACGUAACUAAUUGCCAAAAUGGAGCAUUGUACUUCAGUGCAAACUCAUCAGAAUGAGCUAUUUUCCCUUCCCAUAACUGACAGCUGCAUGUUUUAUUUUUGAAAUCUGAAAUAAAAUGACAAAAGGGGAGCUAUUUAAAGGAGCGUAUUGACAUCUGGAGAGAUAACAAUCAAUGUUUCUUCUCAGUAAAUGCAUUUUAAAUGCCCUCCACCAUUAUAAUUGCAUGCCUCAGUGCUUUUUAAUUUGUGCGGAAUUCACGCAAACUGUUUUCCGUCAAGGAAAGAGAAUAGGACUGGUGAUCUAAAACAGACUCCUCUUUGUUGCUUUGUUUGUGAGGUUCCCUAUAUACAUGUAUACUCUGUCAUGUGUUUUUUCAGGACCGAGGACCUCAAUGACUUAGAUUUGCUCUGGGAACGUUGUACUUCUUAAUUGGUAUAUUAAUUUCAUCCUCUUGCUUCAUCUCUUAGAGAUGUUUAUCUUGAGGAAUAGGAUAUUAUAAACAUGGUUUUAUUUUUGUAUACUUUGGAGUGCUGUAGAGGAAUUACUGCGUGCAUUAUAGAAUUAGAUCGGCAUCUAGCCAGCCAGGCCUACAAAUGGUAUUUGAAGGGACAAAAAAUAGCUCUCAUUCCCGUUUCAGGAGAACUACUAUCUAUAAUAAAAGCUUUAUGAAAUGGUGUAGUAACCCCGAUGGUAUAAACCAACCAGUUUCUCAAUUGCUAAGCAACAACUCAUAUGAAAAAAUGCAUUGGUGUGAAUGUGCACAGCUGGUUUAACAUGGCAAUAUUCAUAAGAAUCUGGCUUAACAGAAUGUAGUAAUUUUUUUUUAAUCUGUCUUUCACAAAGGGAUCCCGAAGAAUUCUUGCUUUUCUUGCCUCUCUUGUUUUAAUUCCUAGCAGAGGCAAUCUGUAUGUCUGUGGACUAUGGCAUGCUGCAGCAGUGCUAAGUGAUAUGCAGUCUGUGCGUAGACCAUCAACAUACCGCUGUUGCACAGGUAGACAAGUAAACAAAAAGGCAGCCAGGAGCAACACUGAAAUAUUUCCCAUACUCACAUCAAGAGGAGUAACAGUCCUUAGCACUGACUGAUUAUCAGUCAUGUCCAGACUACCUUACAAGUGUUAAUCAUUUUGUCAGCCUGAUGGAGCUGGUGAGCCUUCCCUCCUUUGCCAAAGCAAGAAAUGGAGGCAGGAAGGCUAAGCAACUCAUCCUUUCAGAAGAUGACGAAGUUUUGGGGGCAGGGAUUGUAACAGAUGUUUGAUGCUACUCUUAACCAUGACCUGAUACAGAGGUUUGAAUAGUGAUGGUGAGUUUACGCAGUCUGUUCACUAGUGUAACUGCAGGAGCCAGUUGCUGUAAUAUUUAUUGUCAAGCCAUACUUUUCAGCCCAUUCUUUGGAUGUGGUGAGUGUUCAGCUAAGCACUAACGGUAGAUAAUAAAGUUUUAUUUUGGGCGUUUGCUUCGGCAGCAACUUGUA